AUGGAGGUUACAAACGAUAAUAUAGAGGUGAAAACGGAACCUGAAAAGCAGGAACGAAGAAAGAGGAAGAAAAAGUUGGAAAUAGCAUGUGUUUAUUGCCGGCGUUCACAUAUGAUAUGUGAUGAAUCGAGACCUUGCCAACGAUGUAUCAAGAGAGGAAUCGGACACUUGUGUUAUGACGAACCAUCCAACUCCAGACAGCGGAGGAAAGCUGCCGCUUUGAGGAAUACGGAAACACCAAAAGAGCAAUCCCCAGCUCCAGCUCCAACAGCCCAAGACUCAACUCCAUUGCCUCCUCCAAUACAAGUCAAUCCCGGUCAGCAGAAGACAUUGAAAAAUUCAGUCUUGUCACAAACAUUGGCAUACAAUCAGGAACCAUUAUUCUACUCGGAGCAUGCAGGUAGUGAGUUUAGCUCUUUGAAUGAUUUUCUUUCCAUCAUUGAUGAUCCGGAGUUGGUUAACGGUGCACUCAAUGAUGACCCUAAUCAUGCCUUCUGGGGCAACACCAUGGCGUUCUCCCCAAAUAAUUUAUUCAACCAAACAUUUCCUGAAGAAAUUGUCCAACAACCUGUUGCUGAAGAGAAUGCCCCCAAAUCUCCAAGGGAAACGCAGGCGCCGCUGCUGCUGGAAACACAAGCCAAAGAUGCUCAGCCAGUGAUAUCUGACUCUGCAAGAGAUAAAUUUUUUCUUACGGCAGCCGAUCCAACAACUGAAAUAUCUCCUGAGGAAAGAUUGAAACAGGUGAUUAAAGCAAAGUUAGAAGCUGGCUUGUUGCAGCCUUAUAAUUAUGCCAAGGGGUAUGCACGGUUACAAAGAUACAUGGACAACUACAUGAAUAUCUCUAGUCGGCAAAGAAUUUUGAAACCGUUAUCAAUUUUUCGACCGGCAUUUCGUGCCAUAGCGAGAACAUUAAAGGAUGUUGACUUGGUUUUGGUUGAGGAAAGCUUUGAAAGGAUGUUGCUUGAUUACGAUCGUGUGUUUACCUCUAUGGCGAUACCCGCUUGUUUGUGGAGGAGAACUGGUGAGAUUUAUCGUGGUAAUAAAGAAUUUGCCUCCUUGGUGGGGGUCACCACGGAUGACUUGAAAGAUGGUAAGUUGGCCAUAUAUGAAUUGAUGAGCGAAGAGAGUGCUGUAAAUUUUUGGGAAAAAUACGGAGCUAUUGCUUUCGAUAAGGGACAAAAGGCAGUUUUAACUAGUUGCAAUUUGAGAACAAAAGAUGGUAUAAAAAGAAAAAGUUGUUGUUUUAGUUUCACAAUAAGGAGAGAUAGGUAUAACAUCCCAAGUUGUAUCGUGGGGAAUUUCAUACCAAUAGAUCCCUAA